AUGGAUGCUGCUUUACCUCUGGGCGUCAGCUUUAUGAGUCAGUGGCAAAGAUGCCCUGGGCGAAGAAUACAGGAAAGAAGACGCAGUCAAGAAGAUUCCGAAUCCCGUAGCAGUGAAAGUUCUGAUCACAGCAACAGGGCACUGCAGCGCCUGCACACACUGUCUGCUGCACAGCAGCACCACCAGCGCCUCAUGAGUCCGGUUGCAGAAAGUGUCCAACCCCCAGCACUGCAGGAUAGCAACACCGCCUCAGUUCAGGAUGCUAAUCUGUCCCAUUUGUCGCGAAUAUCAAUUGGCAGCGGAAACACAGCUGAUGCCAGCUCCCUGUCACCUCCAGGGACUGUGAAAAGGAUGGACAUCAUCACCUCCACCCCAAAAGGAAGCUUGAUAGGGUUCCCACCUCGAGGGAAAGAUGGAGAAGAGAGAGAAAGAUGGCAAACAGGUGAAAGAUGGCAGCAGGACAACCAACCUAAGUAUGCAGUUCCUUAUCACUAUAACAGGCAAGAUUCACACCUAGUGGAUUCAGAGAGUCGUCAGCCUGUGACCAGUCCUCAACCUGCCAGCAGCAGAUUAAGCAACCCAGCACCCCUUCAUUCACCUCCAGUUUCGCAUCACAUGCGCCCCAUGAUGAGUGGUCGUGAACUUCCUCCCACUCCUUCAGAAAGAGAUCAAAGGAGGGAUACUUUACCUCCUGAAAGACAAGACCGCUUGUCACUUGGAGGACCUGGCAAAGAUCAUGGAAAGUAUAGUCGAGAUGAGAGAUUUCCUGAUCUGGAUCGGAGAAAAUCUGCUCCUCCUGAAAGAUCUACAACCCUGGGUGAUGAGCAGGGAGGGGAGAGGGAACCCCAUGCACUACCAGCUGCUUACUCUCAGCUUCUGGGUCCACGUGGGUAUCCCUCUUCUGACAGAAGCAGCAGCGGUGAUGGUGGGCGAUGGUCUUUGUCUCAGGGCAACGAGCACAACCAUGAGCAGCCCCACCCAUUCUAUGGUGAGACUGCCAAGCCUGCAUCUGUUGCAAGGCCUGUGCCUCAGCAUCCAUCGAUUCGGUAUGUUAGCAACAGGCAGCAGAGACCCAUACCCCAGGCACGCCCUGCAAGUGUGAUGGGCAACCUGUCAGCUCCACAGAAUCAUGAAGAUUCCAGGCACGAACCAAAUGACAGUGGUUCAACCCUUGCCUCAGUCAGACCAACUGGUGUCAGGGAACCACCACGUAUGCGUGCAGAGCCAAUGGUGAUGAGUUCUAACGGCCCCAUUCACAGGGAAAACAAUGACAAUGGCAUCGAAAGACCAAAAUCUGUGCCCCCGCAGUUAUUCUACAAGGUGGACAACUCUCCUUCCCCUGAUGGGUACAGCAAUAGUGCCAACCCGGUCCCAGUUCCUCGCCGUAGCAGAGACAUGGCUGCUGCUGAAGCAAGCCGUGUUGGCCACGUGCGUGAACCUGCUGGGUCAUAUCAUUGGUGGACGGCCAGGACACAUAUCUGCUCACUCUGCAGGGACAUUGUCUCCAUACAACUCCAACAUCACCCCCCAGAGUCCAAGUGGUUCGCUGGAUCGGCACCCUGCUACAGGGACUUUGCACCAGUCAUCUGCAUACAAUGGAGGAAACCUGCAUAGCCACACAUCUGGUUCAUGGGAACACCCUGCCUAUCAACAACAUACUUCAACUGGUAGCCUUGGACGCUACUCGGGAAGUCCAAGGUUUCCCGAAGGUUCUAACAUUCAGCAGGGACAGCAUUAUGGUCAGGGUGCAUUGCAGAGUUCCCGCCACAGCUACGACCGUCACCCCAGUGACCCUUCAAUGAUUGACUCUAGCAGCAUAUAUGCCACACCUCAGCGACUUCAGGGUGCCCAGGGAAGGACACAGUUUAGCAAUCAACCCAACAUGCAGCAAAGUCCACAACAAAGACAAUCAUUGGGACCCAGUGCCCCUGGUCCUCAGCAGCCAUAUCAUGGGGGGAUGACCCACAGUCACAGUGGUGGGGGGAGGCUGGAGCCACAUCCAGCACAUCACCCUGACCAGCACCUUCAUGGCGCUGCCCCCAACCCCACAGCACGAAUCUUACCACAAACCAAAAUGCCCAACAGCUCUGCUCCCAGGCCAGAUGCUGAACAGAGGACAGCAGUUGGAGAUGACCCACAACAUGACCGUCCAAAACAAAACUCUGUGUGGUACGAGUAUGGCUGUGUCUAGAUUUUGUAAAUCUGUUCACCAUUCUAGAUUAUAUAAUUAGUACCAAAGUGUUUUAAGACUGAAUUUUCCUCCUUGCCAAUGGUCAUUUUGACCCCCUACCCCCCCCCAAAAAAAAGAGAACUUGUUGAAGUCUUGAACAAGGAAAUGGUAGCAAGCCAACUCAGAUUAACUAGGUUUUUUGUAAGAUAAUUGGCUUUUUUAUUUAAAAAAAAGGCAUAGAUUCCAUAGAAUUUUUUGUGGUCAUUUCACUGCAUCUUUCAUUAUUCUGUUUACUUUUUUAUUGCUACAUUGACUUUUAUUCCAACCCAUUAUAGCUACAUUCUAUAAUUUAAAAAGAAACACUUUUGCUGAAUUUCUUGUUUGGCCACCCAGUAGACGAUUUCUGGCUUUUUUUGGAGGGGUGGGGGUGAGAGUAAAUGUAUUGGAGUACAUAAACCUGAGAUUUAAUGAGUAUACGAUUGAAAAUAAGGUUUAAGAAGCUAGUUAUUUAUUAUGCAUACCUACUGGGUGUCUGCUGGGCCUCGUGUUUCAUUUCAAAACACAAAGUUAUGUGUUUAAACAUUGCAUUAGUCUCAGCUGUAGUAGUUUUGGCUUUGGUGUCAAGCUGCUGCUAUCUUUCCCAUUUAGAGCUUGAGAGUUUGGCAUGAUUACUGUGCCUUACUGUUGACUAUCUACAUCAGUUCCCAUGUCUCUCUUAUGAACAUGCACACACACACACAUUUUGUUCAUUCUAUCAUUUUUCUUGAAUGCAUGCCUAAAGGGGUGUACAGUCUAACAUUCACUAAUUUUUGCACAUUUGUCCAUCCAUCCCUCUUUUUGUGGUCCAGAUACUCAUGAAGGCUCAUCAUUUGCAUUCAUGUUUGUCAUACAGGUGUGUUUGGGUUAGACUUGUAGUCCCCAUAACAAUCACUAUGAGUUUCCUUUCUGUGGCAGGCGGCCUCGAUGAUGCAAUGCCACACACCUCAUUGUCUCCCUUGCAAAAGAGAAUUACUCCUGCGGUCAAGGUGUAUAAUCAUCACAAGUCAGCCGUCAUUUUAAAACCCACACAAUCCUGGAUUUGACCAUUUGGGCUUUUUCUUUCACUAUGCUCAUUUAUUUGUACAUUUAUAGCUCAACAUCAGCAUUUUAGUUUGCUUCUGCAUGAUUGGAGUUCCUGCUUAACCCCCUAACACUGGUUUUAUUCCAAUUUCUGCUUCCAGUACUAUAACCAAAGCUUGAUUCUAACAAUCUUAUGUCAUGAUAAAAAGUAAAUAAUUCUGCAUGGUGGUUGUCUUUUGUUUGUUUUUUGUGUGUGUGUUUGUUUUAAUUUUUAUUUUGUUUUGCUUGUAUGUUAGGUUACUUUGUCCCCUGUCAGAUACAAAACUGAUAACUAAAUUCUCCCUUUUGAUCUUCUCUAGAAUAUAACCUAUAAUACAGGAAAAUAAGAAGCACAAAUUGAAGGUUGAUAACAGCUGCUUGUGAAAACUGUCGGUGAACUUGGCAAAAAAGGUAAACCUAUAGCUGUGAAAACGACACCAAAGUUGUCAUUAAGUAGAGAACAGAACUGAACAUUUCAAAAAUAUAAUGUAAAAUUACUCUUUGGUUGAGUAGGACUCCAUUGCUUUUGGUUCAUUUUGACAGUUUUCUAUGCAUUUCUAGGCACGUUUCUAAAUGGAAAAAUACAUGUGAAUAUUUUGCAGCCACCAUCAGGAGUUUGUAAUUUCUCUUCUAGUUCAGCUACAUUAUGCUUGAUAGGGAGCUUUAUAAAUGCUGCAUUUUUAAUGCAUUAACAGAUUUUGCAGGUGAACCUUUCUUGGGUCACAGAAAGAAUGUUCAAAAUUAAUGACAUUCUAUAAAACAAUGCAUGAUUCAGUUUACAGAUGUUUUUUAAUUUAGCCAUGCAUAGUGCGCAAGAUUGAGGAGAGUAGAGUAUUCAUUAAUCUUAUUUAUUAAUCCAUUCUGACCAACAAAGAAGUUUACAAAUAUUUUUAUUCCCUUUUAAAACCAUUUACAUAUGCUGUGAGUCACAAAUGUUUUCAGCAUUGACUGCUUCAGGUUGUUUGAGAACCUUGUUGUCUACUGUGAUAACCCAAGCAUUCCAAAAAGUGUGCAUGUGUAUGGGUGAAAAAUGAAACAGGACCAUCACAGACAUGUUCAUAUUGUGUCCACGCUUAAUUUAUCUUGAAGGCUAAUGUAGCUUGUCUCAUCCAAUGCGGCUAAUGCAGUUGAAGUGUGUUUUUCUGAAAUAUAGAAAACUGUGGCAUCGAAUAGAUGCUAUAGGAAAGCUGUUAAAAUAAUCAACAUCUGCUGAAAUAAGUGUAGAUUGCUUUUAAGACUUCAAACGUUUACUUUUAUAUUCAUACAAGUUCUGCCAUUUGUUUCAAAUAGUGCCUUUGUUGAGCCAUAUUUUUUGCAUAUUAGCAUUUCAGAUCAUUUUUAAAUAGAUCGUUCGGCUCUACUAUUCACCCUUUUUCAUUCUCAGAAUACAUAAUUAUCUUGCUUAAAGUUUCAGACAUGAGCUGUACUCUGAAAAAUGUUCUUCAGUGAUUUCCACUGAAAUAAUAAUUAACUUAUAAUUACUUUUAUACAAAUAUUGUUAUAUGUCAACAUUUCUCUAUGUUUGAUCACUUCAACAUCAAAGUUGAUGAUCAGUGUGAAUUUGUUUCUAAAGUUUUUCUACUCAUUUAGGUGUACAAAUAAUCUUUUCAGAGUAGGUAAAAAUGUGAGUAACAAUCGGACAUCAGGAGUUCACAGUUUCAUUUGUAUGGUUUUUUUUUAAUUAGUCUGCGGAGUUUUGAAAGUGUGUUUUGCCUAUCAUAUAUAUCAUACCACCAAAACUUGCAGCCCAGGGUGCAUUUAUCAUCCUGGUAUUCUAACAGCAUCAAAAGCCUACCAAAUACAGCAUUCUUUUCUUGCCAGACAUUACAAAAGCCAAGCAGUGCACAAUCUUUUUGCCAACUUUACAUUGGCAGCGAUGCACUUUUCUGUGUUCUUCAGAACUUUCCUAUUCGUUGUAACGAAAUACAAAACAUAAGCAUCACUGCUUGAUGCUUUUGUUAAUGUGUUUUUGCAGACCAGGUUAGUGCAUCUUCUUGAUCUUGCAAUGAAGUGAUUUUUUUUUUUUUGUAAGUUCACUUUGGAGAUGUAAAUGCAAGAAAAUGCUUCAUUUCUUUUAAUCAAAAUUUUUUUAUAAAAGCAAGAAUUGAGCAGACCAAGGGAUAUUAUUUUUUUGGUGAUUGAUUCUUCCUUGUUGCUGCAGUUGUUCAUUUAGUCAAUGCAGGUGCUAGGUAUAAACUGCUGACAAGGACCUUGUAAACGACAAAAAUUAAUGCCAGGGUCAUAACUCGUGCUACAGAUCAUGCCAAGCAGAUGACAGUAUCCCAGCCAGAUGUUUGGAGCCCAUUUUAAAUAUCUUUGCAUCAAGCUGUUUUGACUAUGCAGGGGUGGUGCCUGGCCAGCAUAAACCACCUGUUCUCAUUGGCCCUGAAAUUGCUGUGAUUGAAUUAUUCCAGAACAAAUCUGUGCCUGGGGCACUCUUUUCUUACCACAUGUUCAUUGUAAAUAAAUGCAGAGGAAUACUAUAUAUACAUGUGCUUGCAUGCAGUUGUGCACAAAGCUGAUGAAUGUGCAAAAUACUUUAUACUCAAAGUGCAUAUUUGAUUGUUGUUGAAGAAUAACCUCUGCUUCUUAGACACAAAUAAACUCCGGUACUUUUCCACAGUCUUAAAGCAAAGCUUGUCUAAAACUGUGUAUGUUACUUAUUGGACAUCUUCCCGUCAGAAGUGUUAGUGCUAUUUUUGCACUAAAGAUGUAUAAAUACUAAAAUGCUCGUUACCUUCUGUUUCUUGCUUAGAAGUUGCAUCACAUUUUCACAAAAUAACUCUACAAGUUGCUGCAGUGCUGACUUACAAUACAAUAAAUGCAAUAAUAUCUUUCAGCAAUAGAAGUCAGAGUCCAGAAUAAUUUCAUUUUUGCAGCUAUGCACAGAUAUUAGAUAUUUGAUUUGAAUAGCUUUUCUUUUUUGCAAUGUAAGUAUAUGUCAAAGAAAAUGAUUCCAGCAUGAAAAGAUUUCUCUUGAGAGUUUAAAAGAAUCUGUGAUCAGUUGCUAAGCAAAAAUGAAUGUUAUCAUAGUAGAGAUGCAUUUUGAUGCAAUAUUUAUUGUGACUGGUAACACUGUAACGCAUGGUUUUCUCAAAACUAAUUUUCAUUUUUCCAGAUUCUGCCCAAACCAGACUUGUAAAAAAAUAUUGGUUAUUGUGCUCAUUUAAUACUAUUUUGUGAUCAUUGAUUCUGGGGGCUUGGGCAUCCCAAUAAGCUGAGAUUCUUUGUCAAAAUACAUUUUAUUGUGGAGAUGUGAGAACUUAUUAAUGAACUUAGUUGAUAUUAGAUUUCUUUGUUUUAGAAUGCCAGGAUGUUCAGGAUAAGAUCAUGCUUCCUUACUUUCUAUUUUGCUUUUUCUGGCUAGAAUGUUAUCCUGUGCACAGGAAACGAUAAAAUGAAUUUAUUUACAGUGCCUCUGCCCAAAAUCAUUAGUCUGUGCUAAAGGUAUUCUCUAUGUGCUGUUAUCUUAGGAAGUCUUUAGUAGGUUGAUGAUAGCAUUAAUGGGACUGGGUGGUAGCAUAGAUUUACACAGACUGACCUAAUUUCAAAAUGAAGGAACUUUGGCUGUUACAUAAUGACCUGAAUUGUUUUUAAAUUCUGGUCUGUAUGCACUCAUGAAGCUGAGACUAAGCAAUAAAAUCAAUAAUGUAUAUGGCUGAAUGUGUGUUGGGGGGAAAGGGAGGGUAUGGGGGAUGUUUGUGUGCUCAUGCAUGUGCACCCAUGCCUGCAUGGGACCGGGUGUAUGUGUAUAUUUAUACACAUUCAUAUAUAUAUACCUGAAGGUGCUUUUGUGCACUUUUAAUUACCCUGCAAUGACUACAGAUCUGCUGGUGUGAUGAUUUGGGUGUGCUGAAUAAACUAUCUGCUUGUAUUAGAUUAGUGUUUUCAGGCCACAAUGUAUUCAUGAAAUGAACACCUGCCAGCAGACAGAGUUACAGGCAGGUUGUACAUUUUUUCUGCUGUUUCCAGACCAUUGUACUGCUGCAUCAUUCCUAUCUUUAUAUACGGACCACUUUUUUUAAAGCUCACUGCCUUCUGUAAGUGUGAUAAUUUGUGGUCAUUGCCAUGGUUGUACAUAUCCAAACAAGUAGAUGAGCAAAUCUGUGCUCUAUUGGAAGGGAAUAAGCCUUACUAAAAGGUUAUUCCUGCUAUAUUAAAUUUUGAUGAUUUUUAAA